AUGUUCCGUGGUAGUAGAGUAUGUGCUUGGUGUCAUUCAAGACGAGGCUACCAGUGCCGGCCCGGCGAGAAUUCGCAGAGGCCUAGGAUGUCAAAGUUCACCAACCUGACCGCGUUCUCGAGGACUACGAGUCUUUCGUUGGAGAGCAAUGUUCUCACGUUGGGCGUUCCAAAAACAGGUGCUUUUGACAUGUAGGGGCAGUACGACGUCCAGCUUGUCCAGGGCUUGCGGACGACGGAUUAUCAACUCUCCGAGCGAGAGCGGAAGAGAGACCGACCGCUCGGCGUGAAGAAAUGA